GUAGAAUGAAAGACGUGACUUUCUUUUCCCCACAAGAUCCAACCAACAGACUUUAAAAUUUAACAUCUGAUCAUGUAAUGAUGCAGUUCUUUGCCCAGUUUGUCAGCAGACAUAUGCUUAAGGAAGGACAUUUCGGUGUGACUUUUAGGAGUGUUGUUGCAACAGAUUACAAACAAAUUCACAAGAAGUUAAAUCAGAUUACUGCAGACAGGAAACAGAACUUGAAACUUUUGGAAGAAAAUGGCUACCAGCCCGACUCUGACAGAAACCAGGAAACAGUGUUGGAUUGGGACAAGACUAAACUGGAGUUCUUCAUCAGAAAGCUGACUGCUGUCUCCAGAAGGAUCUACAUAUGUCCCUCACUGCUUUUGUAUGUGAAUGGAUCAUACCAUCCUGCUGGGGGGCCGUGGGACCAAGACGCUAGGGGGGCCAUAAAAGACUUCUCCCGAAACAUCCUCAGAGAGAAGUUAGGAAAGAAGAUUGAUGAAGUGUAUGGAAAUGAACCAUUUGUAGAAGAAGUUCACCAAAGGUUUUAUAGGGUUCACAAAUACAAGGAGAGUAUGGAGAAACUGGAGUUGAUUAAACAGUAUCAGUUGCAAUCCAAUGUAAGAAUUGCUAAGAGAGUAGUCACCCUUACUAAAGAAAAACUAACUGCUGAACUGAAACAAUUUGACAAAAGCUUAAAAGAGAAACUUUGCAUCACAGAGGAAGAUGCUGAAGACAAGGAGGAGGAUAAUGAGAAGGAAUUGCUUGUGCUGUUAUGUAAAAAACACAGUUUACUUCACAACAUAGAAAAUACAAGGGAGAUUAUUCAUAUCUUGUUCAAGUUUGGAUUUAAGUAUCAUGAAAUUGCCUUAGCAGAUCCCCGGAUUUUUCGAAUAAAAUAUAUUAACACAUUUGUACAAGUUUUAUCGGAAAUGUGCGAAAACACAAAUUUGGAUUACGAAAAAAUAGGGACUUCAGUGGAAAAAACUAGACCACGAUAUGUAGGUAGUAUGUUGUUGGCCAGUUCUCUAGAAGUCUCCAAGAAACAUGUUCAAGAAAUAAGACAACCUUUGAGAACAAUUAGAACCCAACAUUUUUCACGGAAUUCUGAAAAAGUUGUUGAAAAUGUGACAUUCCUUAAGGAAGCUGGAUUUGAUCCAUAUGUAAUUCUCAACUGUCUUGUAAUCACGAACUUUGACAACAGUUCUUUGCAGAAAGCAUAUGUUGAUGCAGUGAAGGACUUUGAUUCUUGUUCUUUGAAUAUCGAUAGUUCUACUGCAAUGAGAAUGAGCUUGCUCUGCCACAUGUAUCUGGAAUUAUCAAAAGAGCCAGAUAAACCUGUGGAUUUGGAUGAGAUUGGAUCUGAGGAUAUAUCAAAAGGUGAGCUGGAUCUACAUCCAGAUGAGGAUGAUUUGGAGGACCUGGAUUCAGGACACUUAUAUGUACAAUACAGUCAGUAAGACUGUACAAUACUUGCUGCCCACUUUCUCAUUUUAUUACUGGGUGCAAUUUAUCUGGAACUUUUUGCACAUUUGUUGAAAUGUUUAAUGUUAAUAAUUUAUUAAUAAUGUAAAAAGAAAUGAAUCUAUAUUAUUAUAAUGCAUAGAAAAAUUGAUUGUGCUAAAUCAUAAUUUUAUCAAAUAAUCCAUGAUCCACAUUUAAAUAAAUUUUGCUUUGCUAAA